AUAUUUUCAAUCAUUGAAUGUAUUAAGGUGAUUUGAAAAAAAAAUUAUUUUGAAAUAAAUGAGUAUCAUCUGAGUGUAACUCAACCAAAUAAUCAAUUAAACUGUAAUCAACCAAAUAAUCAAGUAAACUGAAAUAAAAUAAAUGAUUAUCAUCUAUGAGUGUAACUCAACCAAAUAAUCAAGUAAACUGUAAUAAAGAAGAUGAGCAUUUGAAUGGUUUGUCUGUUAAUAUAAAUGAGAUAAAAACCCAACCUGAAACAAAAAGAAGAAUGCCUUCUGAUCUUCAACUUAAAUUAGAAAUGCAAUUACAGAAGUCAAGGCAAGCAAGAGCUAGCAGAUCAUAUUAUAUAAAUAAAUUUUCGGAAAAAGAUCAACAAACAGAGAAAGUGCCACUUAUUUUAAUAGAUCAGAGUAGCACAGAACAGCAAUAUAAAGUUGGAACAUUUCAAAGUUCACCAAGUUAUCAAAAUUACACAUCUGACUGUUCUGAUCAACUUUUAAAAGAUGGUUUUAGACUUGAUGAGCUCACUGAUAAUGAGGAUUUAGACUUGCUUCCACAUCCUACAGUCCGGUCAACUCCAUGGUGUACUUGCGAAAAUAUUUCAUGCAGUAUUCAAUAGUUUUUGUUCAUUGAUAAUUGGUUGUAAUAAAAACCUUUUUUAUUAAACGCUUUUAUAUAAA